UGUCAAACAAACUUCAGAAUGGCGUAGCACAAUACUUCUGAUAAGGUCCAAUUUGACCAAUCUGCACAGAAUCAAAGUUCGAGUUCAAUUUAGUUAAUGACUGAAACUCACAGUUCACUAUAAGCUGAACCACUUUUGUAUUUUCCCAGGUCACUAUCUGAAAACCCCCAAAUUGAUACCAUGGGUGAAAUUGAAGCCAAAAAACUUGCCCAUUUUGUUGGUCCAAAGUCACCCAAUAUUGAAGUUCCGGAUAAAACAUAUGUCGAAAUAAUUCUCGAUGAGCUCGCUGAAAAUGAAACUGGCGCUCUGUACACUGAAAUACCAUCAAAACGUCAGGUUACAAACGGCGAACUUAGAGCGGCUUCAAUAUCUCUUGGAGAUGCUAUUUUUGCCCAAUUUGAUUAUCAAAAAGGGGAUGUUGCAUGUAUAUGCAGUUAUAACAUACCCGAGUUCGUGAUGGCGUUAUAUGGUUCAACGAUUGCAGGACUUACGGUAAUGUUAUGUAAUGCGCUUUACUCGUAUUAUGAAAUGAACCACCAAAUCAACGACUCGAACUCGAAGCUUUUGUUUAUUCCUGGCGAUAAAGUUUUCAUUCAAAAAGCCAUCAAGGCUUGCGAAGGAACAAAUGUGAACAGAAUUGUGCUUUUAACUGAAGUAGAUGAUCAAAAAUACCUGGAUGAAGUUUGUGUUUCGAACCCGCAAUUAAAGAUCUGCAAACUAGUUGAUUUUUGCGGAAACAAGAAUGCUGAAAUCCCUAAACUCAUUUGGGAUUGGAAGAAAGAUACCGCGAUUCUUCCUUAUAGCAGCGGUACUACGGGAACCGCUAAAGGUGUAGUUAUGAAGCAUUCAUCAAUGCGGGCAUACAUUAAAGCCUUUAUAAUUUAUAACCAGAUUAUGGCCCAGUAUGCUAGGCCUACCUAUUUUACUGUACCGCCUAUGUUCCACAUCUAUGGCUUCGUAGUCACAGCCAUGAUGGCGCCAUUUUCCGGAGGUCACGCUCUGAUGCAAAAACGGUUCAAUUUUACUCAAAUGCUAGAAUGUGUAGCUGAAUAUAAAGCGAGCAGAUUGUUUCUUCUUCCAGCGAUUGUCGUUCAAAUGGCGAAGGAUCCCGCCACUAAGCAGUAUGAUUUGACUUAUGUGAAGUAUAUCUUAUGCGGAACUGCGCCGCUGCCCAAAGAGCAGCUGAAGACCCUUCUGGAGAGUUUGAAUAAAGACAGUCCUCCUUUGUUUUCACAGGCGUAUGGCAUGACUGAGGCAGGUGGAACUUCUAUGCCCCCCGAUGCGCCCCUAGAGUUUGUGUUGUCGGGGAGCGUGGGACAGGUGUCGAUGGAUGGGGAGGCCAAAGUUGUGGAUCUGGAGACGCUACAAACGGUCCCUGUCAAUACAGAGGGCGAGAUCUGGUUGAAGUCACCCACCUCCAUGCACAGCUAUCUGCACCGGGACAAAGAAACAGCUGAUACAUUGGUGGGGGGAGGGUGGGUGAGGACAGGGGACAUUGGGUACUUCAACGAGGAGGGAUAUCUGUGGAUCACAGACAGACUCAAGGAACUGGUCAAAUACAAGGGAUACCAGGUUCCUCCUGCAGAGUUAGAAGACCUGUUACUCACACAUCCGGCAAUCGUGGAUGCAGCAGUAGCCGGAAAACCAGACGAAGAUGCCGGGGAACUACCGACUGCUUUCGUUGUCCUGGGCAAAGACAAAACAGUCUCGGAAACAGAAGUUAUGCUGUAUGUGAAGGAGAGAGUGGCCCCAUACAAGCAGCUGAAAGGAGGAGUUUACUUCAUGGAAAAUCUGCCUCGAAAUGCAACUGGGAAACUAUUGAGACGGAAAUUGAUGGAUCUGGUAUCAAAAUAAAAAAAAUUGUUCGCGGCCGACUAGAAAAGACAAAUCAUUCUAAUUCGAGUUUAAAAACUUCAGUUCAAUUCA